AUGCAACUAGCGUUUCUGGACUUUGAAGCCGCGUUCGACUCUCCUCACCGAGGCCGUCUUCUCAACGCGCUUCGCGCCGAUGGAGUACCAGGAAAGUUCGUUCGCUUGCUUGAUGAUAUGAAUCAAAGAAUAACUGGUGCAGUACGAAGACCAGCCGGAUGUAUAACACCAUUUGAAGUGGUAACUGGAGUAAGACAAGGGGCGGUGGCAGGACCCUUCCUGUUCAACUUCGCCAUCGACGACAUUAUGCGAAGAACAGUCGACCAGUGUCCUGCCGACAUUGUCUUAGCACCAUCAGGGUGCCCCUUGACUGACCUCGAGUACGCCGACGAUGUUGUUAUAUUCGCGGAAAGCAGUACGAAACUUCAGCAUGUUGUCAACCUUGUAUCGAAGCUGGCUGCAGCAAGUCAAGCUGCGAGUCUACCUAUCCGCAAUUCGCCCCAUCAUGAUGUACGGAUCGGAGACUUGGGCAGCACCAUCAACGGUUAUGGAGAGGCUUGA